AUGGCUGCAGACCUCGACCACAGGUCUCCAGAUGCAUCUCAAUGGGGCGUCGCCUCUCCUGUAAGCAGCACCGAAGUAGUCCCCGGGGUUUACAGCGCCAGAUCGAGCGUUGCGGAAGGGGAAGGCGGGGGCGGGGGCGGGGGAGGGGGAGGGGGAGGAGGAGGGGGCGGGAACAGUAGAGCAGCGGCGGGGGCGAGGUGCGGGAGCGGAGGUGGAGGGGGAGGAGGAGCAGGCGUAGCCUCGCCUUCUGCCAGCGGUACAGGGGUGGGAGCUGCCGGCGCUUCUGCAGACGCGGGGAGCGUCCGUACACCCGGAGGUGGAGUUGCAAGGCAGGAGGCCUGGGGGCAACCGAGAGGCUCGGACAAGGUCAGCGAACGGUCAAGGCCGUCGGCUGGUGGCAGCGUCGGGGAUAGCCAGUCACCACAUCAACAGCGGCGGCAGCAGGAGCAAGGGUACCGAGAUCAGCGCCACCCGCACCGCCGGCAGCACCUCCCAAGAGGGAGCUCCAGCCACAACGCAGCAGCCGGAAAGCGACAGCAACGUCGAGGGGAAGGGCUGUCGAAACAAGGGGCGGGCGGCGGCACAACCGCGCGCAGAGGAGGGAGGUAUCAAGGGUCAAGCCCCGGAGACACGAUGGAAACGGAGUCGCCGGAGGCUUGGGGAGCAGGCGCCGCGGGCGACGCGAGUGGCAGUGGAGUGCCAGCGGCCGGUUGUUCGUUGAGCUCGGGCGCAGCGGCGUCGGAAGGGGUAGGGUCUCGAAUACACGAGGCGGCGGGAGCGGGUAGCGAUGGCGGGGUGGGGGCGAGGUGGGGACGGCCGGCUUCGGAGCGGCUUGCGCACAAGCUCAGCGUUAGCCUUAUCGACACCUAUAAGCUUAUCAACCAGAGAUAUUACGCCGAGAAGUCUAGGCAGCAGUCGCAGGAAGCUGCCGCGGCCUCAGCGCCGACGUCUUCUGCCACAGGGGGGGCGGCCGGCGGAGCUAGCGCGGGCGCGGCGGCGGCACGGGGGGGCGGUUUGGGGAAAGCGCCGGCCAGGCAGGGGGGCGUGUACAACUACGGCAUGGAUGAUGAGAACUUCGAUUACAUCGUGCACGAGGGGGAGGUGUUUAAGGGGCGGUACGCCGUUAGAGAAACCAUCGGGAAGGGCUCGUUUGGCAAGGUAUACAAGGCGUGGGAUUCCAAGGACAAAGUCUACGUCGCUCUGAAGGUGAUCAAGAGCAAGAGGCCGUUCACGAUGCAGGCGAAGGUGGAGGUGAACAUACUGAUGCUGCUGAGGGAGAGAGACCCGGAAGGAAAAUACAACUGCGCACGCAUGCUGGACGAGUUCAUGACCCACAACCAUCAGUGCCUGGUGUUCGAGAUCCUGUCCUUCAACCUCUACGAGCUGUUGCGAUCGACGCAGUUUCAGGGAGUAUCGCUGCACUUGGUGAGAAAAUUCGCCCGGCAUCUCCUGCGAGCGCUGGCCUUCCUGUCCCUUCCUCAGGUGGACGUCAUCCACUGCGAUCUCAAGCCGGAGAACAUUCUCCUCCAGCACGCCAAGCGGUCCAACAUCAAGGUCAUCGACUUCGGAAGCUCUUGCCGCUCGAACAACAAGAUGUACUCGUACAUCCAGUCUCGAUUCUACCGGUCCCCCGAGGUGAUGCUGGGGCUGCCCUACACGACCGCGAUCGACAUGUGGUCGCUGGGGUGUAUCUUGGUGGAGAUGCACACGGGAGAGCCGCUGUUUGCGGGAGUGGAUCAGUUCGACCAGAUGUGCCGCAUUGUGUCCGUCUUGGGAGUGACCCCACCCGAUGUCGUAGAACGGUCACCUUCGACGCACCGAGGGCAGUUUUUCGAGGUAGACGACAGCGACAGCGGGGACGAAGACAACGAUGUCGACGGCAUGGACGAGGACGGCGGGGGAUGCUCUGGGAGCGACGGAGGCGGUGGAGGGCGGGCGGGCGGGGAGGGGGGUAGCGACGUGGAGGACGUGAGCCGGGGAUCAUCCCGCAAGGUGAGGGGAGGAACCCACCGCAGUCCCAGCGCCCGGCAACGGCGAAGAAAACGGGACGACUCGAGAGGUGCCGGCACAAGUCGCGGUAGCGGCGGCGGCGGCGGCGGCGCAUCAUUAGCUUGGGCGGAAGACAGGAGAGGGAAGGGAAAGGGGGGCGCGGAAGACAGGGCGGAGGAGGAGGAGGAGGAGGAGGAUGACGAAGAUAGCGACCACAACAUGGCCGAGUUUUCGCCUGACGGGCGUACGAACACGGACAACAACGCCAGUCCAACGAGCAACACGGGCAGGCCGCGAUAUCGACUACGGAAAAACCUUCUCGAGAAGCGAGCGAGAGCCGGCGGCGCGGGCGGCAGCGGGGGGACGACCGGGGGGGAGAGUCGAGAUGUACCCCGGGUGCCGCUGUCGGAAGUGGUGGGCGUGUUUUCUGGAGGGCCAAGCGGUAGGAGGGAAGGGGAGGCCGGCCACGACCCAGAGACGUACGGGCUGUUCGUCAACUUGGUGGAGCGGAUGCUGGACCAAAGGCCCGAGACGAGGAUAACGCCGGCGGAAGCGCUGCUGCACCCGUUCGUUGUGGACCACCACCCGACGUCACAUGCUCCCGCGGCAGCGGGAGCAGCAGACGCAGCAAAGGCGGCGGCAGCAGCGAUGACGGACGACGGGGGCGGCAGUAGCAGCAGCAGCAGCAGGCCAGCAGCAGCAGUAGCAGCAGCAGCAGCGAAAGAUGGCGAAGAUGCAGACGGAGACGACCACUCCAUGUCCGGCGAAGCUGCCGCUUCCGCCGACGGCGUCCCGGGGGUCGUUGUCGGUGACCGGUCCGGCUGCGAGGGAGGCGCGAUCCUCACGACGCCUGACGCGAUGCAAUCUCAGCUUUCCUCCUCCGUGGCGGAAGCCGCCGCCGCUGCUGCUGCCGCUGCCGCCGUCAUUGCGACUACCCCCGCCGAUGGAAAGAGCGCGGUGUCGUCGGAUGCGAUGUCAAGCCUGUUCCUCUCGCAAGGGCACCACAUCGACGACGAGCGAGGAGCCAUAGAAGGGACGUUCGGUAGGGCGUACGCCAGCGACUUCGGCGCCGGUGCCGGAGGGAUAGCUAGCGCCUUCGGCGGAGGCGGUGGAUUCGGCGAUUCCCACCGCCAGAUGGGCGUUCACGGCUACACGAUGCCGUUGCCAGCGGCGGCGGCAACGGCAGCGGCGGCGUCUGACGACUACAGUAACGAGGACGAGUGCUUUGGGGCUUUGGGCGAGUCUCCCUCUCAGUUGCUAAGGCCGAGGUCAGAGCCCGGCCGGCCUGGGACGGCGGCGGCGGCGGCGGCGGCGGGAGGGUGCAGCGAGCCACGACAUCGCAGGUGCCGUCACCACGACGCUUCCCCUAGCGGCGGCGGUAGCAGCGGCGGUAGCAGCCGCCGCAACUCUCCGAAUGACGUCGUUGACAGCAGCAAGCGGGGGGAUCAUCGAGGAGACGCUGCUAGCGCGCAGGGUGCAAAGGGCAAAAGAGGUGUAAAGGCGCCAAGAGGAGGGGGAGGCCUCCGGCGGGGUCGGAGUCGAGGUCUGCCGGUAGGAGGGGUGGCUGGUGACGGUUCAUUGGCCCCGUCGCGGCGGCAGCGGCAGCUGCUGCUGCUGCUGCUGCUGCUGCGGCGGCGGCGGCGGCGACCGAGGGCCAGCAGGCGGAUGCAACUUCUCGCGUGGCACGGCUGUCGUUGUUGCACCAACAGUCUACUGAUCGCGGAGGCGGCGGCAACCGUGGCGUGACGUGAAGAUGGGGAGGGUUAUUUUUUGUUCGAGAGACGAUAUCGGAGAGCUUCGAGUGCUGUGGUUGGGACGGGCGUAGCAGCGGCGGCGGGGCGGCGGGGACUUGCUUCACAGCACUACUGUAGUGGGUGUAGAUGUGCUGUGACCAGCUGUUGUCUUGCCGCCGACAGAAGUCGCCAACGGUUUGACUCUUCGGUACACUGUUGUUCGUGGUAUUUGUUGGCCCUUGGGGUCUGGCGCUUGGGGUCGGGAUCGAUUACAAGCGUAUGUACGAAGGCGAAAGCGGACCUGAGGUUCGCCAGUGCUUAGAUAUGCAGCCGGUGUGUGUUUUCACCUGGCACUGAAUACCUUUUGUUGGCAUUGAUGGCCGGCGAGAUGUCAACGCCGUCGUAGAGACCACCUGAUCUCUCCCCGUCGCGGUUAUCGAACAAGGUCGGUUAUGAUGCUGUGGCUGUUUCGGUAGAUUUUGUUGCUGUUGAGUACUAUGAUAGAUCGGAUGUAUUCUGGGAGGGGGCGGGGACGUGUUUUGUUACGUCCUUGUUGCCAUGAUCUUCGUCGUUUUCGUGAUGAUCUCGUUGACCGAGCUGCCGCCUGUGGUGUUGAGUGCUGGGUGAUGAAAAGUCGGGAUGUUACCGCCUAUAGUCUACAAGACAGGGUGCUCGAGGGGAGGGGGACAAAGGGGGGUGCGUGCAGUCACGAACAUUAUUAUUUACUUGGGAGGGGCGGGGGGCUAAGCGGGAAUGUGGUCAUUUAAGACGCUUGCCAAGGCACUCCGCGCGUAUUGUUGUCUAGUAUGUUAUAUUGCUUGUGUCUAGGCCAAUGGAGUCGAGAGCCUCGGACUGAGAGUAUGUUGUAGCGCCCACUAGUGGGCGAGGACACAGGAGAGGAUCCUGGUGUUGUCGAGCACUUGCGGGCACUUUCAAGCAGGUCGGAGUGGAAGGGUUGGGAGGGAGAGUAUUCUUCUUCCGGUGUCUAUUAUAAUCUCGUGAUUUUACUGUUUGUUUUUGUUUUCCGGUGAGGUGCGUGCACGGUGCCCAGAGAGGAGAGCGGGAGUGUGCUCCCUUUUGUUUCCCGUUACUCUUUUGCCGUAGGGAUGGUUGGUUGGGUCUCAGCCAAGCAUAGAGGUGUUUGUUUUCACUCCUCUGUAACACAGGGUCGUAGUGGUUGCUUUCGAAGGAGAAGGCCAGACACCGCCCGUAGAGAGGUGACGCUUUGCAAGUUGACCGGUUACAGAUUGUUCCCGCCACGGUCAAGGUUUUCUUCUCCACGCCGGGCGUGUAUUGUCUGCCGCGAUAGACCAGAUGCCAAUGUCGGGGACGCGUAAUGGAGAGAGUCCGCCGCCAAUCCCCGAUCGCCACAAAAUUAUCCCGGUUUCCAAACCCGAAUGUUCCCCUGCCUCUCGUAUUGUACAUGUGUUCUUGUUUGGUCAGACAAUCGACACAAUCGGGAUAGAGGAGGGGUAAGGGUUUGCUGCGUGUGUUUCGGUCGCUUCAGGUCGUUUUGAAGAACGCGCGUGCGUCGAAAUCAACGCGGAGACCGCGACAAAACCGUUGUUCGGCUUGUUUUGGAAGGGGCGAGCAAAUCGCGGAAGAAAGGAAUAAUACUGAGCAAAAGAAGCGUCUGUCUGCCCCUCGGCUUCAUGCCUACCUCGGUUAUUUUUUGGGGUUUGCUUCAAAGAGGGAAGCAGUACGCUAGCUAAAGUCGUCUAGAUGGACUCCGCCUACAUGGUGUCUAGAUGGGCUGCCUUGUCGUUGGCUGGGAGGAUUUUGGCAUCGGCUUGACCAACUAUGUGCUGGUCAAGUGCGAGCAGCGGGGGAGCUCUUCGUCGUGUACCAUACCUUCGCGCCUUGGUGAGGUAAAAUUGAUUGGUGGUUUUUCGUUCUUGCUUGUUUGCCGGAAAGAU